CCUCGACCAGGCCCUGAAAGGCAAGAUGGCGUCCCCCGUGGUGGAGAAAGUCGGGCGCCUCGUCCAGCAGCUCUGUGGCUCUCGGAAGCUCUGGCUACCCGGGCUGACUCAAGUCAGGUGGAGCCGAUACAAUCCUGCAUUCAUUGAACCAGAAGUGAAUAAAGAAACUUAUCGUAAAUCUCCAGAGGAAAUGCCAGAGGAAGAAAAAAUUAAACAGCAAUUGAAAACAACCCAGCCAGUAAAAGCCACCAAAUCCGCCAUCACCAGUUCUGUGUUUUAUGAUCCCACGAUCAGCAGAUUCAUUAACAUGAUGAUGAAAGGGGGUAAUAAACUCUUGGCACGAUCCAUCAUGAAUCAGACUUUAGAGGCCAUUAAAAGGAAGCAACUUGCGAAAUAUCAUGAAGCAGAUGAAGAAAUGAAAGAAAAAAUUGAGUGCAACCCUUACAAAAUCUUCUAUCAAGCAAUCGAAAACUGUCAACCUGUAAUUGGGCUUGCGGGUAUCAUUAGAGGAGGUAAAAGGUAUCAGGUACCAACUCCUUUAAAGAUCAGUCGGCGGAGAUUCUUAGCCAUGAAUUGGAUGAUCACAGAAUGCAGAGAGAACAAGCACAGACGAACAUUUAUGCCUGAAAAGCUCUCAAAUGAGCUGCUGGAAGCCUUCAACAAUAGUGGCAAUGUUAUAAAAAAAAAGCAUGAGUUGCACAAAAUGGCAGAAGCUAACCGGGCCUUUGCUCAUUAUCGAUGGGCGUAAAGAAUGCUGUGUGCUAUUGGAUCCAGUGUAUGACUACUUAAGACUUUUGCUGCCAGAAAAGACUUUUUGUUGUUUUAAUUCCAUGUGCUUUUCUUUGCAUAUCACUAAUCUGAGCAGGAAAUUCCAUGCUUCUCAUCCAACUCAUCAAAGAAUAUGAACUGAAGAAAAUUGUAGCUAAAAUACAGGGUCUUUCCUUUCAAGCUCACACGAGUGGUUUUGAGCAUGCCACAUCCCAAAUGAUAUUAUCAAUAAAAAUCAUUGUUUAUUUCCAA